AUGGACUACAGCAGUAAGCUAAAGGUUAUUAGGGAAACUUCUGUCAGCCCGGAGGAGGCAAAGAGAAUGAUAGAAGAAUUUGUGCUGAGCAGUGAUGUCCUGGAAGGAAUACAGGUCCUUCAGCUUGAGGAGUUCUUGAACAACGUGUGA